UUAAAAUGUCUCACAUGGAGGAUGGGGCAAGAUCCAAGACCUAGAUCAGUAUUCUGGCAAUCCGGAUCUCAAGUUCAGUAGCUGAGUCCUGACACACUGGAGGGCUGUGAGGAAAUUGCUCUUUUGUCAAAGUUCUACCGAGAUUUCACCAACACAUCUUUAUGGAAUCUACUUAUGGAUCAUGUUGUGCCAGCAGCACUAAAAGAGGAAAAGAAACUUGACCACAUUUUCUUCUUCUAUGUCAACUUAUGAAGACCAUUUUGAUCUUAGUGGAGCUUCCGCUCCAUAUGAAAGCAGCGGUGAGAAUCCCAAUGAAGAUGAUAUCUUUACAAUUAGUGACUGGAAAAGACAAUCUUUCUCCAAUCCCCACAUCAGGGUGGCCAGAUGGAUGGACAGUGAUGACAAUGUCAUGGUUGGAUGUGUCCACAAGGGGCAACAAAGAGGCCGUUUCUUCUUGACCGUUACAGGAGGAGCAAAUAUCACCAUAGUUGACCCACACAUCAUCACAUUCAAAGCAAGCUUCUUUAAUAUCACUGUGACCCCACCUGUUUCCAUCACCUGUGUACUCAACACACUUGGACAAAACCUUACGAGUGAAGAGUACACACUUGGUGCUCAUUGUGUUGUUUGCAGGAUUCAUUGGAUUUGUUAUCCUCGCCAUGACCUUGGUGGUUAUUGUGUUCACCUUGAGAGGAAAUCGUGCAGCAGGACCAGACAAGACCACAGAAUGCAACAUCUACGAGGAAACCAUCACAGUGUAAUCUUUUAUAAACAAAUGUUCUACAGAAAUGCUUACUCCUUUCUUUCUUUCUAGAGUUCUUCUUCCUUUGCACUGUCUCAAAAAUAAGACAAGUGAGGUGGCACUCAGAAAUAACAUUAUUCUGCACUUCCUUUUGGUUCCACAGGCCUUCUGCAUGUACUGUACAUGUAACAGUAAAAGUGCAGAAAAAGGGUAUAUUUGAGUGCUCCCAUUUACAAUAGGUGUCAGACAGUGAUCUGCUAAUUAUUAGUUUAAGAGAUUAGAUAGAUGUGCUGUACAUCUGGAACUGUACCAUCUCUGUUACAGAUGUGUCUUGCUUAAUAUUGACCCUGUCUUACCAUAGGCUGUUACAUAUAUUAUAUAUGUAUCUCAUAUAAUAAUGUAAUGAAAAAGUGGACUGUUUAACCAUCUUAGCUGAACAUUGCUCCGAUAUUUGUUACUUAAAUGUUUGUUCCAAAAUAUAAUGAAAAUAGAAUAAAACUUCUAUUUCUAAA